AUGAAUGGUGACGAGCAAAGGAGACGGCACAAUCGUCAAGCUAGUGAAAUCGCAGAAAAUCUUGAAGAUGUAACUUUGAUUUGGUUGGACUCAAACGUCAAUGAAACUGUCGAUAAUUAUGAUACACGAACUUUAUUAGAAAGCUUGAGCAAUAGCGUUUUGGUUUACACAGAUCCUGCACUUUGUAUGGACUAUAUACGAGAAAUUACUAAAGAAGGAAUACUCCUGGUUGUGUCCGGUAUGUUAUCAGAAGUUGUCCUUUCACAGAUUCACUCACUGAAAACAAUCACUGCGAUAUUUAUUUUCUGCUCGGAUCGCAAAAAGUAUGUUCCGAUGUUGAAAAGAUAUUCGAAAAUUACCGACAUAUUUAUCGAUCAAGAUUCGCUAAUGCGCUCCGUACAGAAAACGAUGUAUUUCAUACGAAAACAAGCGAUGACUUUCAGUUUAUUCGAUGAACAAAAACAGAGAUCCACGCAUGAUGUCUCGAAAGACUUCGGCUCUUUCACGUGGUUUCAACUUUUGAUUGAUAUUCUGAGGAAAAUACCUCAGACGGAUCGAUCCAAACAAGAUAUGCUAGACAAAUGUCGAGAAUAUUAUGCGUUAAACCAAAUCGAACGUAGAAAAAUCGAGCAGUUCGAGUUGACUUAUGCACCGCAUAAAGCGAUCGAAUGGUAUACGCGUGAUUCCUUCGUUUACCGAUUAGUUAACAAAGCCUUGAGAACCGAAAAUCCAGAAAUCAUUUACCUAUUUCGAUUUUACAUCCUUGACUUAUGUACACAACUUGAACACGAAUGGAAACGAUCGAAAACAGAAACCAAUGGGACAUUGACAGUGUAUCGUGGACAGAGAAUGUCAGCUGAAGAAUGCAACAAGUUAACAUGCAGUGCUGGUAGUAUGAUUUCGACCAAUGGAUUCUUUUCCACGACAAAAGAACUUGACGUUGCUUUGAAAUUUCUCGAAAGCUAUUCCGAUAAUUCGAAAACCGUUUUAUUCGAAAUCCGAGUCGACCCUUGUCUUCAAACGGCUGUUUUCGCUAAUAUUGAUCAGUUUAGUUUUGUUGAAGGUGAAAAAGAAGUCCUGUUCAGUUUAGGAUCGGUGUUUAAGAUCGACAAUAUCAUCUACGAUUCACCAUUCUAUAGUUGCAAAAUUCAGAUGACAGCAACCGACGAGAGAUCAAUAAGUAUUCAAGAGUAUUUAAAUGCCAAACGUCAACAAAUGAACGAUUAUUCGCCGACGAUCCUCUUCGGACGUUUACUAUUCUUGGAAUUAGGACAGUUAGAUAAAGGUGAACGGUAUUUUCGCAUGCUGUUGAAAACUUUACCACCUGAUCAUGAAGAUUUUGCAUCAGCGUGUAAUAAUUUGGGCAAUGUGUUCUAUGGCAAGCGGCAACUAAACUUAGCGUUGGAGUGCUUUGUACGCGCAUAUCUACUUCGUCGAAGAAAUUCACACGGAAACUAUUCAGGAAUUGGUGCAACGUUGAUGAACAUUGGUUUUGUUUUUAACCUUCAAAGGCGUUAUGACAGAGCGCUGUUUUAUGUGGAGAGAGCGCUGAAAAUUUUCGAGAAUAAUUCGCUCAAAGAUCAUCAAUUCGCCGCAAUGGCAAUUAACGGUCUCGGCUUGAUUUAUCGUGAAAGAGAAGAAUAUCAAAUUUCAUUGGAAUAUUUGAAUCAAGCGUUGAAGAUAUAUCAAAGAUUACUUCCAUCACAGCAUCCGGAUAUCGCAUCGUGUUUAGGAAAUAUUGGUUGGAUUCAUGAAGAUUUGAAAGAUUAUGAUCAAGCACUGGAUUUUUAUUGUCGUGCAUUUGCAAUCGAUGAAAACAUUCUACCAGCGAACCAUCCGAAUCUAACGGACGACUCGAAUCGAGUAAUUGACAUUUACAGAAAAAAAGACGAAGAUCACAAUGCUGUAGAGUUUUGUGAAAAGUUGUUAACAAAAUAUCAAGAUAAUCUACUUGCAGCCAAUAUUCUGAAAAACUUGGGUGACCUCACACCCAACGGAACAAAAAGAAUCGAAUACUAUAAACAAGCUUUGGUUAUCUUCGAACAAUCAUUGAAUUCCACUGAAUUGUUAAUCGUUUACUGUUUGAUCGAUAUUAGCCGUUCGUAUUGGGAAUGCAACAUGUUUGACGAUGCAUUGACUUACCAAUUAAAAGCAUUAAAUAAACAGCAAAGAAUUUCAUAUGGAGAACAAUCUGAACUUCUUUUAUCUUUCGAGAAUACCGGCAGACUUUAUUACAAUCUGCAAAAAUGGCGAGAGGCGAUCGAUUGCUUCACAAAAGCCAAGACUAUAUUAAAAUUCAAUACUCAAUUCAAUCAGGACUGUCUUGAUGAAAUGGACAAUCUCAUAGCUAUUGCCAAACGGAACGGAAGUCGAUGCUUGUCAAUCAAAUGA